AUGGAGUCUUCUUUCAUCAAGAGACAUUUUAUUCGAAUGAUCCAUCGAUGGAUAUUAUCCAUCAUCCUAUGGAGUUCGCUGCCCUGCGCUUUUUGCGCCAACACAUCCACAGCCGUGAACUACCUGGAUUCGUUCAGCCGACUACGUGACAUGGUGGAGGGGCGCCUGGCCCUUAUCAACAGGGCGCCCCCCAAGUACUACCCCUACAGGCCGCCCAUCUACCUGAGCUACGAGCCUCUGCAGAUCAUCGUGGUGGACGAAGUCUUCCAGUCGCUCAUGAUCUCCUCGGCCGUGACCCUCGCCUGGAUCGACCUUGGCGUUAAAUGGAACCCCGCCGAUUACAACGGUAUCGAUUCUCUCGAAAUCGAAUCCGACCUCUUCUGGACGCCUUCUAUCUACAUUCCUAAAACCGCGGACAACUCGGUCAAAAUGCUGACCUUGACCGACACGGUCAAGGUCAGUAAUAUCGGACUCGUCUCCACGCUCAUCCCCAUCAUCACCACGACCUUGUGUAACCUUGACCUGACCUUUUUCCCCUUCGACAAGCACACCUGCAGCAUCAUCUUCAUCGAGUCGGGCAUGUACAACCUGAGCUACCACAACGUCACGCCCAUGGGGAUCAGUUCGUACUUCGGGACCAACGCCGCCUGGGUCCUUGUCAGCUCCGUCUGCUACACCCAGACCUCGCACUACAAACCCGUCUUCAACUACAUCGUCUGCGACGUCGAGAUGAGCCGACGCAGCGCGUUCUACGUCGUCAACCUGAUCGGCCCCAUGGCUAUGACGUCAGUCAUCACUCUCGUCGUAUUCUGGCUUCCAGCGGAAGGCGGGGAAAAAAUGACGUUCGUCGUCUCCAUGUUUUUAUCCAGCUCCGUCUUCUACAACUACAUCCUCGACAUCAUGCCCCGAAGCAUGGAAAGCCCGCCCAGAAUGAAUCUUCUUCUGGUGUUCAACGGUCUUCUCAUCAUGCUAGCGACAGCGGCCACCGCGUUUGUGCUUCGGCGAUACGAGCAACAGUGUAUUGAAGGUCUCGGUCAAAGUUCACCAGCAGCAACCCCCGAAGAGGUCGCACUCAACCAAAAACAUCAACCACCAGAGCGCCCGAAAUCCGUGCAGCUGUUCUAUUCUCGCCGACACAACGCCGUCUCGCCCGUCCCGCCGGAAGUGACGAAGCACAACAAUUUGAACCACUGCGUCUACGAACCAGACGACAAGGUGGAGGUCAAGGUUGAGGGCAAGAAACGUUGCUGUGGAGACCGGAAGUUGACGUACGAGGAACUGGACAGGAUUUUUUUCGUGUUGAUGACCAUUUUAACAAUCGUUGUUUGGCUCCUGGUGUUUGUUGUGUAAAAACACGGUUGCUCUCUAUUCGCAUAAACAAACUAUAUCAUUAGU